CCCUCGGAGGCGCGGGGGGGUGGGGGGAACCCAAACACCUGCGCUGACGCGUUUCUCCCGCGCCGUGACGUCACUGCCCCGCGCCGCGCGCACGUUGGCCGGGCCUUGGGCGGGCUUUCCCGGGGGCCACCAUGGCGAUGGCCAGUGACUUCUACCUGCGCUACUACGUGGGGCACAAGGGCAAGUUCGGGCACGAGUUCUUGGAGUUCGAGUUUCGGCCGGACGGAAAACUUAGAUAUGCCAACAACAGCAAUUAUAAAAAUGAUGUCAUGAUCAGAAAAGAGGCUUACGUACACAAGAGUGUAAUGGAAGAACUGAAGAGAAUCAUUGAUGACAGUGAAAUUACAAAAGAAGAUGACGCCUUGUGGCCUCCCCCUGACAGGGUUGGCCGGCAGCGGUCACUCCUGGCUCUGCACUCAGGAAUUACCCCUGGCAGUGCUCAGGGGACCAUAUGGGAUGCUGGGAAUCGAACCCGGGUCAGUCGCAUGCAAGGCAAACGCCCUACCCGCUGUGCUAUUGCUCCAGCCCCUAAAAUCCAUCUUAUAUCUGUGUUGUUUGUACAGCAAUGUGCUUCAAAGUUAUAUCUUUCAUUUUUCCUGACCCUAUAAGGUUUUCCUGUGUCCCUCCUGCGUCUGUCACGCGCUGCACGGUACUCGUAUGAGAGUGCUCGGGAGCACCUCUUGGCUGGUUCUGAUGCCGGAGACCACUCUGUCUGUCACUGUAGCACUGUCAUCCUGUUGUUCCUCGAUUUGCUCGAGCAGGCACCAGUAACUUCCCUAUUGUGAGACUUGUUAUGGGGACCACUCCGCACUCGGAAAGUUUUCUUUUCUGAAUGUAUUGGUGUCUUGACAGAUUAUGUUUCUAUUUUCCUUCUCUGUGACUGCUGGAAAACCUAGAGCUGAUACUGGGAUAGUUGGAAAGCAAGUCUGGUGGGAUGGACCUUUAUAU